AUGGCCUACCAAGGCGGCGCCCACCCUGGGACCCCAGGCUCGCCGUUCAACGAGGACAACAACACCCACCGACUGAACGACCUGGGUCACAGCAACUACGGUGAAGAUGACGCUUCCCGCAGCCUCCUUAACCAGGGCCCCUUCAACGGGCCCUUUGAAGACCCUCACAGCCGCGCCGCAUCGCCCAUGCGCCCUGUCUCGCGGUAUAGUUUGACUGAAUCGUAUGCCCCCGACCCCAGCAGUGCUCCCGCCUACCACGACCCCUACAACGCUCCAGGCGAGAACCCGGCUGCUGCCUUCGGCGUGCCCGGCCGCGUGGCCUCGCCCUACUCCCGCAGCGAGACCUCGUCCACCGAGGCCUGGCGCCAGCGACAGGCUCCCACUGGCGGUCUGCGUCGUUAUGCCACCAGGAAGGUUAAGCUUGUCCAGGGCUCUGUGCUCAGUCUCGACUACCCGGUUCCCAGUGCCAUUCAGAACGCCGUUCAGGCCAGAUACCGCAAUGACCUCGAGGGUGGAAGCGAGGAAUUCACCCACAUGCGAUACACCGCCGCUACUUGCGAUCCUAACGAAUUCACCCUGCACAAUGGUUACAAUCUGCGUCCGGCCAUGUACAACCGACACACUGAGCUUUUGAUUGCCAUCACCUACUACAACGAAGACAAGACUCUGACUGCUCGAACGCUGCACGGUGCCAUGCAAAACAUCCGUGACAUUGUCAACCUGAAAAAGUCCGAGUUUUGGAACAAAGGUGGCCCUGCAUGGCAGAAGAUUGUCGUCGCUUUGGUCUUUGAUGGUAUCGAUCCUUGCGACAAGGAGACUCUUGAUGUCCUGGCCACUAUUGGUAUCUACCAGGACGGUGUCAUGAAGCGUGAUGUCGACGGAAAGGAAACCGUUGCCCACAUUUUUGAAUACACCACGCAAUUGUCCGUCACUCCCAGCCAGCAGCUGAUCCGUCCUACCGACGACGGCCCAAGCACUCUGCCUCCUGUGCAGAUGAUUUUCUGCUUGAAGCAAAAGAACAGCAAAAAGAUCAACUCGCAUCGAUGGCUGUUCAACGCCUUUGGCCGCAUUCUCAACCCUGAAAUCUGCAUUCUGCUCGAUGCUGGUACCAAGCCUGGCCCCAAGUCUCUUCUCGCUCUGUGGGAAGCUUUCUACAACGACAAGGAUCUUGGUGGUGCUUGUGGUGAAAUCCACGCCAUGUUGGGCAAAGGCUGGAAGAACUUGAUCAAUCCUCUGGUUGCAGCCCAGAAUUUCGAAUACAAGAUCUCCAAUAUUCUUGACAAGCCCUUGGAAAGUUCCUUUGGAUACGUCAGUGUGUUGCCCGGUGCCUUUUCUGCCUAUCGAUUCCGUGCCAUCAUGGGCCGUCCUUUGGAACAGUAUUUCCACGGUGAUCACACUCUUUCAAAGCAACUCGGUAAAAAGGGUAUCGAGGGUAUGAACAUUUUCAAGAAGAACAUGUUCUUGGCCGAGGAUCGUAUCUUGUGUUUCGAGCUGGUCGCCAAGGCUGGCUCCAAGUGGCAUCUUUCCUAUGUCAAGGCUUCCAAGGGUGAAACCGAUGUUCCUGAAGGAGCUCCUGAAUUCAUCUCGCAGCGUCGUCGUUGGCUGAACGGUUCUUUUGCUGCCUCUAUUUACAGUCUGAUGCACUUUGGUCGUAUGUACAAGAGUGGACACAACAUCAUUCGUAUGUUCGUCCUUCACAUUCAAUUGGUUUACAACAUCUUCAACCAGAUUAUGACUUGGUUUGCUCUCGCGUCUUAUUGGCUUACUACUACCGUUAUUAUGGAUCUUGUCGGAACUCCUGGCUCGUCAAACGGCGACAAGGGUUUCCCCUUUGGUAACUCGGCUACUCCGAUCAUCAACACUAUCAUCAAAUAUGUGUACUUGGCCGUCUUGCUGUUGCAGUUUAUUCUUGCUUUGGGUAAUCGUCCGAAGGGUUCCAAACACUCGUACAUUCUCUCAUUCAUCUUCUUCGGUAUUGUUCAGUUGUAUGUCGUUGUCGAUUCCAUGUACUUGGUCGUCCACGCUUUCACUGGCUCCGAUGCGAUGGACUUUGAUACCUCCAAUGGCCUUGGCGGUUUCCUCAAAUCGUUCUUCUCGUCCUCCGGUGCAGGUAUUAUCAUCAUUGCCCUGGCUGCUACCUUUGGUCUAUACUUUGUCGCCUCUUUCAUGUACAUGGACCCGUGGCACAUGUUCACUUCGUUCCCGGCCUAUCUCAUGAUCAUGUCCUCUUACAUCAACAUUCUCAAUGUCUACGCCUUUAGCAACUGGCACGAUGUUUCCUGGGGUACCAAGGGUUCCGACAAAGCGGACGCUUUACCAUCGGUACAAACGAAAAAAGAAGCAGACGGGAAAGGCGCAGUCAUUGAAGAAAUCGAUAAGCCCCAGGCCGAUAUCGAUAGCCAGUUCGAGGCUACCGUGAAGCGUGCCUUGACUCCUUACGUUGCUCCCGUAGAGAACGAAGAGCGCAGCUUGGAAGACUCGUACAAGAGUUUCCGUACCAAGCUUGUGACUUUCUGGAUUUUCACCAACGCCCUUCUUGCUGUCUGCAUUACUAGCGAAGCUGUCGACAAAUUUGGAUUCACCAGCCAAGCCACCGACCGUACCAGCCGCUUUUUCCAGGCCCUCCUGUGGGCUACCGCAGCGCUUGCACUGAAACAAAAACAACAACAGGCUGAAAACGCCGAAGGCGGCGCAGCCAAGAAGAAAAAGGUCACUGCUGCUCAGCUGCGUGUGCAGAGAGAUCUUCAAGAACUCUCGCUCGGCUCGACCAUGACCAUGACCUUCCCCAACCCCGACGACAUCCUGAACUUCACGCUAACCAUCGAACCUGACGAGGGCAUGUACAAAGGCGGCGCCUUCAAUUUUACGUUCAGCAUCAAUCAAAACUUCCCGCACGACCCGCCCAAGGUGAAAUGCACACAGAAGAUAUACCAUCCAAACAUCGACCUCGAGGGUAACGUGUGCCUCAACAUCCUGCGCGAGGACUGGAAGCCCGUGCUGAACUUGAACGCGGUGGUUGUCGGCAUGCAGUUUUUGUUCCUUGAGCCGAAUGCUUCGGACCCCCUGAACAAGGAUGCCGCGGAGGAUUUGAGGACGAAUCGUGAAGGGUUUAAGAAGAAUGUGCGCAAUUCGAUGACGGGUGGUAGUGUGAGGGGGGAAUCAUUUGAGCGUGUUUUGCGAUGA